AUCCUUUAAAUAUAUGGAAUGGUAAUUUAAUAUGGUCAGACAAUUCAUUCAUACCUCAUGCAAUUGAUAUAAGUGAUAAUUUUGCUGUUGUAGCUGGAUUUAUUAAAAAUGAUUCAAAUUCAACAGUACAAUAUAAUCCAAUAAUAUAUCUUCUUAAUUUUAAUUCAACAGAUAAUCAUCGUCCAUAUAUUGUUAAUGUAUAUCAACCAACUGCAACACCAGGAACAUGGCAAGAUCUUUUAACAAAUUCAGAUGCCGGUACUUAUUCAGCUAAAUAUGAUAUGUCUGUUAGCAUUAAUGAACAAGGAAAUGUUUUGGUUGGAAUGCAAUUUAUUAAUCGAGUAUUUUAUUUUUCGGUUAAUAUAACAAAUCCAAUCACAUUAAAUAAUAUUAGUCGAUUUACAAAUGGUCGAUCAAUAGGAAAUGGUAAAAGUAUUACAUGGUUAAGUAAUGGUGUAGCUGCUAUAAUGAUUAAUACUUAUACACUUGAUUAUAUUUGGUCAUCAUCUCAAAUUUAUUUCUUUGAUAUUUAUCAAGAUGGAUAUAAUUCUAAUAGUACUCCUUUAUCAGUUUUUCCAAAUAGCCAUCAAUUAGUACCAUCAAGUUUUAAUUCUGUAUUCUUAAAUAUUAUAUCAUCAGUAUCAUCAUCAUCAUUAGCAUUACUUGAUAAUAAAGGAAGCAUUCUUAUCUUUAGUCCAACACAAGCACAAUUUUAUCCAUUUAUUCAAGAUACAGGUUCAUCACCAUUUAUUACAACACCAAAAGCAUGUAUGCCAGGUACAUAUAAAAACAAAAGUGGUAUUCAUGAUUGUUUACUUUGUCCAACGGGUACAAAAAAUCCUGGAAAUGCUAGUGAUCAAUGUAUUUCAUGUUUAAAUGGAUCAUUUUGUCCACUUGGUUCAGUAGCUGACAUAUCACAAUCAGCAUUGAACUCAAUAUUUCAAGUUGUACCAUAUCCACAAUCACCAGAAAGUACCAUAUUCGAUGAAAUUCUUAUUCAUAGUAUGUUUACGAUAGGUCCAGGUCGUUGUGUUCUUAUAUCACCUUUAUUUUGGGCAUUAGUUGUAGCUGGUGUAGUUAUUAUUAUAAUUAUCAUAAUGGAAAUAUUAAAACUAUGUACAAAAGAUGCACGUAGCAAAAGAGUAAGACAUAUUGUUAAAUGUACAUUUCGACAUACUGAUUUGAUUGGUGAAGGUGAAUUUUGGAUUGGUGGUUUGGUAUCAUUUUCAAUCCUUGUUUUAGUUUGUUUUGCAUAUGCAUUUAGUAGUGGAUAUUUAAAACAAUAUCCAAUUGAAACAUCAACUGAUUCAGAUUUUACAUGUGACAAAACAAUGAGAAAUGCGAAAUUUGAUACAAAUAUACAAUCAUUAUCAAUACCACGUAUAAAUGAUGAACAAGAAAUGUUUGAUCUAUUGAACAAUCAAGCUUUUAUUUUAAAUAUUGGUUUUAUAAAUACAUUAAUUAAGUGUGAUGCAAUAUCCCUUCAAGCUCAAUUUGGUACAACAUGGUCAACAAUUCGAUGGUUAGAUUGUAAUAAUGUAAAUUCUAUUUUAACAUUAUCUAUUCCAUUACCUUAUCAACAUAUAUCUGUACAAGUUUUUCUAGCAGAUACAAAAACUAUUGGAGCAUUACGUAUGGGUCUUUCUGGUGUUGGACAUGAAAGUGAACGGUAUACACUACGAGAAUUAGAAUUUUAUGAAACAUUUUCGAUAAAUAAACAAAUCUUAUCUCAUACUUUACCGGUUGCUCUUGUAAUGACUAAAAUAAUUAAUGAAACAAAACCAAUGGUAGGAGAAGAAUCAAACUAUGGUGGUAUUUUUAUACCAACAUUCACAGUUGAUAUGAAUAAUUUAUUUGUAACAAAUAAUCAAUAUGUUCGUUCUUCAUCAUCAUUAACAACAUUAACAAUUACUAUAAGUGAAACACCUUAUUAUGUUAAAAAUGUACAACAACCAAUUACUAGAAAAUCAGAAGUUAUAUUUCGAUGUGUACUAUUCACUGUUGUUUGUAUAGAAAUAUUUGGUUUGGUAUUUUUAUCAUAUAAACUUGCUUUCAAACCAUUAUAUCAUGCCAUUAUGCGAAAACAUCGACCUAAAGAAGAGAAAGAAUUAUCAUAUAAAACACAAGCAGAUCAGGAUUCAAGAUCUUCUGAUAGUUCAAGGAUUCGUGAUAUUAAUACUGACUAUAUUUCAAGUAGUUUAUAA